GUAGUUGAGUUGCUUCUUUUUGAACUGCUUCGUCAUAUCACCAGUCAAAUACGCAAAGUUGCUGGAGGUUGAAUUCGGAUUGAAUUGCCGCCGUCGCGUUUAGGCGUGUCGUCGGGUGUUAGAUAGUGUAACGACCCUGAAAAGUUGUUGGGAAUCUCUUUGACACCGGCUGCUGCCGAUCAGGUAAGAUCAUUCGCUGCCCAGCCGAGCUACAGACCACCACCAUUCAUCGCCAUGAAGUUGGUUGCCGUUUACUUCCUGUCACUUGCCCUUUUCGCUGUCAUCUCAGCUGCCCACGACGACCCGGAAGAUGAAGAAAUGGUCAAAUUCAAAGAAUUCAAGAAACGAAACAAAAAGAAGUACAAUGGAGCGCUGGAGCGAGUUCAUUUCAAGCGCUGGAAGAAAAGGAGGGCGACAAUCCGGCGGCACAAUAAUGGGACCUUAUCGGGACGGAAAAGUUCGUUCAAAAUGGGCGACAAUUUAUUCGCAGAUCAGAGUGAAGAGGAAUGGGAGACGUAUCUGUUGGGCGUUACCGUGCCGGAAGAAUUCAUCAGCACUGAGGAGGAAGUAGAUGAACAAGUUGAAACGACCACAGAAGUUGAUUCUGAAACUGAAAAUACAACUGAAGAAAUAAGUGAAAUCGACGACCGCCAAACUUUUCCUUCGCUGGAUUUACGCAACCAUCCCUGUAUGCCUCCUGUCAAGUUUCAGGCUCCGUGCGGUGGAUGCUGGGCUUUCAUCGCCACGACAGCAGUCGAGUAUCAGACGUGUUUAAAGAGCACGAACAAAACGUCUCUGGCACUGAGUGAACAACAGCUAAUCGAUUGCAGUGGAAAUUAUGGCACCAAAGGAUGUAAUGGCGGCUUCUAUUCACAAGCCUGGGAUUACAUUAUGGCCAAUGGUGGGCUGACAACAAAUGUGACUUACCCUUAUAGGGCUUCGUCCGGAGCGUGCAAUUUCACCAAAGGCGUCACUCCAGUGGUUGGAAAAAUUUCCAGGUACGCUUACCUGGCCAAAAAUGAAACGACCAUGCUGACGGCAAUGCAGAGGGGACCUAUCGUAGUCUCCAUUGUGGCCAAUCCCAAGUUUAUUCUCUACAGCUCAGGGAUUUUUGACGACGCAACUUGUAAAGAUGGAACGAUCAAUCACGGCGUCGUCUUGGUGGGUUACGGUAGGGCAAACGGCACCGACUACUGGAUAGUCCGCAAUUCGUGGGGGACUUCUUGGGGCCUCAACGGCUACGUCCUGAUGAAGCGAAACGUCAACAUGUGUCGCCUGGCCGAUUUCGCUUUCCUUGCCACGAUUUAAAUGUCAUUCACAUUUUCACCCUUUUCAGGUCGUCAUAUCCACUGAUAUUAUCUAACAUGUAACAUUACGCUGGUUGGGAUAGCUUUAGCGGUUCCAAAAGUUCAGCCGCAAUCGUGCGACAAAAGUAAUAACAAGUAACAGCAGUUGUCCCAUAUUUUUAUUUCCUUCACUAUCUGGCCAUUUUAACGCAUCAGUUUUAGAAAGUACCUUUUCCUAAUUUUCCGAGCUUUACACGUAUGUGGAAUCGUAUAGUAUAAUAUUUUAAUAUUUGACCUUUUUUGGGGGUGGGGGGAACUUCUUUUUUCAAGCAGCUGUUGAUGUGGUUAAACGCCGUUUUAACCACCUUCUCGUUCGGCAAUUAACCUUUUUUUUUUUAAUUACUGCGGUUGUGAUUGCUCCGAUCGUAAUACACAAGGCCAUAUUUGAA